UGGAGUCAACAGUCUUUGUCUUUUUGCCAUCAAAUUAUUGACAACUACUUCACAAUAAGCUUUCAUACACCUACACACAGUUCAGUUACCUUUCUCUGAAAAUUCACUUUGCUGUUGUUGAGAUCAUAUCAUCAUGGCUGGUGCACUUGUUGGUGGAGCUUUCCUUUCUGGCUUCAUUAACUUUGUCUUUGGCAGGUUGCUCACAUUGGAUACGGUCAACCGGGUCUUGGGCAAGAAACUUGGCCCUGACUUGGUUGAGAGGCUGAAAAUUUCUCUGCAUGCUGCUGAAGCUGUGCUUGAUGAUGCUGAGUACAAGCAACUGGGCGACGAACGUGUGAGGGAUUGGCUCAACUGUCUGAGAGAUGCUGUUUAUGAUGCUGAUGACUUUCUGGACGCUGUACUCACCAAAGCCGCCACUCAAAAGGAGGUACGUUCUUUGUUGCCUAGUUUCUUCCUCAACCGACAUAGGAAGAUGGUAAAUAAAAUGGAAGGGGUGGUUGCAAGAAUAGAAUUUCUUGUAAGUCAAAAAGAUAUCCUUGGUCUUCAAAAAACUACCAAGGAUAAUAACUUGUCAUCAUCAUCAUCAUCGUCAUCAUGGCGAGAAACCACAUGUCUGAUGGAAGGGAACAUAUAUGGCAGGGAGGAUGAUCAACAAGCUUUAAUCAAAACAAUAAAUGACAACAGUGAAUCUCAGUUGUCUGUGAUUCCUAUUGUUGGCAUGGGUGGGGUUGGUAAAACAACCUUAGCCAAAUGGGCGUACAGUGUCGCGGAAGGAUUUGAUCUGAAAGCAUGGGUCUGCAUCUCUGAAACAUUUGAUAUUGCUGAGAUUACAAAGAAAACCAUUGAGGAGAUUAACACAGAUUCUUGUACCCUUGGGAGUUUAAAUUUGCUUCAAAAUAAACUGCAGGAAAUGUUGUCGGGAAAGAAGUUCUUUGUUGUUCUAGACGAUGUCUGGAGCGAAGAUGCCGAUAAGUGGAAGCAAUUUAUAACUCCUUUUCAAUGUGGGGCUAAGGGUAGUACAAUUCUUCUAACAACUCGCAAUCAAGAGGUUGCUUCAGUAGUUAAAACAUGUCCCUCUUGCAUUCUUAAUGAGUUGUCGGAAGAGUCUUGUUGGUUAUUGUUUGCAGCCAAUGCAUGUUUUCCGGACGGGAACCCAACACUUGAGGAUAUCGGUAGACAAAUUGUCAACAAGUGUAAGGGCUUGCCAUUAGCUGUAGAAACACUUGGGCGCAUGUUGCAAGGAAAGGAUGAUGCUGAAGAAUGGAAAGCUGUUUUAAGGAGUGCCAUCUGGGAAUUUUCCGUGACAAAUUGUAAAAUUAUUCCAGCAUUGUUAAUAAGCUACUUCCAGCUACCUUCUUACUUGAAGCGUUGUUUCGUUUAUUGUUCAUUGUAUCCCAAAGAUUAUCAUUUUGAUAAAGAAGAACUAAUUUUGCUGUGGAUGGCUGAAAAUCUUUUAAGGCUACCAAAAAGAGGAGAGAGCUUAGAAGAGGUCGGGUGUGAGUGUUUUGAAGAAUUAACUUCCAGAUUAUUUUUUAAACCAGCGGAGCAUCCUCGUGAAAGGUACGUGAUGCAUGAUCUCUUGCAUGACUUGGCAAUAUUCCUUGCUGGAGACUUCUAUUGUAAAAUAGAAGAACUUGGUGAACAAGAAGAGAUAAAUGUUCUCACUCGUCAUUUGUCACAUUUGUCAUAUGGAACCUUGGAUAAUUCGAUCUCAAAAUUCUUUAAGUCCAUUGUGAAAUCCGAAUCUUUGAGGACAUCG